CUGACAUAUUUUACAGAAUAAUUUUUCUUCUGUCGAUUUUAAAGACGUUUUUGUCAGUAGUGAUAUGAUUUUAAGUUGGUCAUCCAGCACACUGUAAUUACUGUGUUUAGAGAGAGUUUUGAAGAAGGCGUUGUGUCGCCGGAUGAGGAAGAGCUACAAGCUCAUGUGAUCUUUGCGCCCUCUAUUUUGGAUCAUUAAAAUAAAUUUCUCCUCCCAGCGAAAAUCACUAGUCGUUAUUUAUACAUUUAUAAUAUUUGACAUUUAUACUUAAUGCGUUUAGCUAGACACGGUUAUCAGCGUGGUUACAGGUGUCUGACGGCAGCAUGAUGGAUUGUUUUGAUUGUUCAUUUUCUAAUGAACUUCAUUCAGAAGGCCGUCAUGGCUCGUGGGCAACAGAAGAUUCAGUCUCAACAGAAGAACGCAAAGAAAGCUGCUGAGAAGAAGAAAUCUCAAGGGGCAGAUCAAAAGACUGCUGCCAAAGCAGCACUGGUCCACACAUGUCCUGUCUGCAGGACACAGAUGCCAGACCCCAAGACAUUUAAACAGCAUUUUGAAAGCAAACACCCAAAGUCUUCAAUGCCUCCUGAGCUGGCGGAUGUGCAAGUAUAAAGGACACAAGAAAUGAACAUGGACCUAAAACAGGGACCCCGGUUUAAACGACAUCAUUAGACCUGGCCAACUGACUCGACUCUCUGUAUUGCAGAAACAUAGACCAUGGACCAGGUGUGGACAGGAUGACAAGAGAGCUUAGGAUGAACUCAAGCACACCAGCACUCAUUUUUUUCUUUUUUUUUAUAUAUAUAUUUUUAUAUGUGCAUAUUGCCUCCAUCUUUUCCAAGUGUGCAAUGUGUCUCUCAUUGCCAUGUGCUGUAACUCUCCAUAUUUAUUCACCACUAAUGGCACAACAUCUUUCCCCCUUGUCCAUGGUGUUUUUGUGCCUGUAAAUUUAAUUUUCAGAUUAUUAUUUGGUGCUGUCCACCAUAUUUUCUAAAAGAUAUCAGAAAUGCCUGUAAAUUCCCUGAUCUUUUAAUUGUGAAACAAUUGAGAGAUGCACCUCUGUGUGUAUUAUUAAUAAUAGUGACCAGGAUUGGGAUUGAAUUGCAUUGAUUGACAUGCUUGAAAUGAACACAAAUGCGGUUAGAAAUGUACCUGCUGAAGUAGACAGAAUUAUAUGAUGAGUCAGUGCCCAUGCUAUUGUUACUUUGUUUUCUAAAGUUUUCAAUAAAUGUAUAUGCAUAUAA